UGAAUCAUAACAAGACUCACACGGCACUGAGGCGUUUUGCACACGACAGUAUAUGUACAUAUAAAAACGAGGCGAGCGUUAUCUCUUAUCAUUGGCCGGUAAUUCGUCACUCAGACACGACAAAACUUUUUUUCCACAAGAUGCCUUGCUGCAAUAAAACUGUUGCUAAGAAGAGCUGCGAAAAAAUAUGUAAUAAAGCAGGUUGUUCCUGCAUUCAAACCGAUGGCAAAGCCUGUGUUUGUCUUUGCACCGACAAGGAAGGAAAGAUAAUUCGCUGUGACGAUUGCAAGUGCCAGAACACUUGCGAUAAGUCUGGAUGCGAGUGUGUUCUGACAGGAGGGAAGUCUUGCAUUUGCGUUUGUACCGAUGGAAAAGGAAGCUUUAAGGUCUGCGACGACUGUACUUGCACCGGAGAAGCUCCCAAGUGUGACAAAGCAGGGUGUGAGUGCAUUCCAACUGGUGGCAAAGCCUGUGUUUGUCUUUGCACCGACAAGGAAGGAAAGAUAAUUCGCUGUGACGAUUGCAAGUGCCAGAACACUUGCGAUAAGUCUGGAUGCGAGUGUGUUCCGACAGGAGGGAAGUCUUGCAUUUGCGUUUGUACCGAUGGAAAAGGAGGCUUUAAGGUCUGCGACGACUGUACUUGCACCGGAGAAGCUCCCAAGUGUGACAAAGCAGGGUGUGAGUGCAUUCCAACUGGUGGCAAAGCCUGUGUUUGUCUUUGCACCGACAAGGAAGGAAAGAUAAUUCGCUGUGACGAUUGCAAGUGCCAGAACACUUGCGAUAAGUCUGGAUGCGAGUGUGUUCCGACAGGAGGGAAGUCUUGCAUUUGCGUUUGUACCGAUGGAAAAGGAGGCUUUAAGGUCUGCAACGACUGUACUUGCACCGGAGAAGCUCCCAAGUGUGACAAAGCAGGGUGUGAGUGCAUUCCAACUGGUGGCAAAGCCUGUGUUUGUCUUUGCACCGACAAGGAAGGAAAGAUAAUUCGCUGUGACGAUUGCAAGUGCCAGAACACUUGCGAUAAGUCUGGAUGCGAGUGUGUUCCGACAGGAGGAAAGUCUUGCAUUUGCGUUUGUACCGAUGUAAAAGGAGGCUUUAAGGUCUGCGACGACUGUACUUGCAGCGAAGUAAAGUCAUAACUAUAUUUAAACUCAUUUAAACUCCCCUGUUACGUUGUAUAUGAAUUAUAUGAAAAGGUUAUUGUAAAUGAAAAUAUGUUAAAAGAACGUUACUGGCAAUUGUAUAUUUAGAUUAUGGUAAGCAAUGGCAAACAAUAAGAAAUAAUUCGAAGGCAAACUAAUAAGUCGUUGUUAUUGUGUAAUCUUACAAGUUGGCAACGCCGUACUACAUACGGUUUAGUUUAUAAAUUAAUUUAAGGUUGCUGAAGUCAAUUUGUUUCUUGUUCAAGAAUAUAUGCACAGUUCGACUUAAUAUCGUAAUUUUUUUUGACUUAUAUUUCUAUGAUCAUUUAUUUCAAUGCCAAUAGUACGUUAUUCUUGAAAUAAAAAUAAUAAAAAAUAUAACCGUUUAUAGUUUUACGAUCCCAAUUUUCUAUAUUCACUAUUUAGGAUCUAUUAUUUAAUUCUUUUCGUCUCGGUCCGAAUGUCAACGGAGUCAGCGAUCAAGAUAAUCUGAAUGUUCGCGGCACCAGAUAAAUGUAGAACUCCAGGUAUAAAUAUAACUUACUGAGCUGCCACAAAAAUUUGUUCAAACGCUCAGUCUUCGUGGCAAACUUGUGGCAUGCAAGCGAUCCGAACGCGUCAAGCUUGGCCGCGGUUUUUCAACAGUCCCUCGUAUAUCGAUUCUCGACAAGAACUUUAUUAACAAUAAAAUAUAUUAUACGUGAAACAUGUCUUCGAAUAUUUUAAGUUCAUUAUUUAGUUAAUAGCAUUACCGCUAAACAUUAUGAUGAAUGGAGGAUUAAGUAUUCUUUGGUUACAUUGCAGUUCAAUUCUUUAGUAGAUUACGUUUAGUCAGUUACUUAUUUAUGAGUUUUAACCAUCGUAACUAAAAACCAACAGUUUGUAGUAAGAACCCCUACUUACCUAAGGAAGUCGAUUGGAAGUACAUCUAUCAAUAAAACAGGAAUAAAUUACUGGGAUAUAUUUUUAAUACGUGAAUAUGAAUAUACUAGGCGCAUACCGUGUGCCCGCUCGAGGGAAUAUACGUUAAUAUACCUAAAUCCUAUGAUUUUUUUUGUGUGAAAACAAACGAUUAUACAAUUACAUAAAAUUAUAUAUACCUAAUUCCAAUGUUAAGGAAAAUGUGCUGCUAUAUACAAACAUUUUCAUCUAAAUUCAAUGUCUGGAAACAAAACUUUAACAUACGAUAUAUGAAAAAGUCCCUACAUAAUAUUCUUUGUGAAUUUCACUACGAGAUCUCGUACUAUAAUUUUAUUUUGGUGGAUCGUGGGAGAAAUCUCGCUUCGAGCAAUAGAAAGGAUGCUGCGUUUAACUCCCAGCGACAUACUUGUGUUGUUGAAGUGUGUUAUCAAUGUUAUUGUAAGUACAUAAUGGGUCUUGUUAUGUGUUUAAGUUGUUUAUUUAAUAUUUGUGAAUACGUGAUAACAUAUA